AUGGGCGGCAGUGGCGACGGCGGCGGCUUCGGGGGAGGAGGAGAUGAGAAGGACCAGCUGCUCUCGGAGUCGCCCCCGUCGUCCGGCAGGGACUUCUCCGGCGACGACCUCUCCGGCGAUAACCGAUUCCGAAGAACAGGUUUGGAACUUUCUCUGUUCUCGCCGUUUUCGUCCUCCUGCCCUGUCCUCAACAUCGGCCGGCGUUUCUUCCGGGUUUACUCCCCCCGCGGCCGCUGUUCAGCCUUUCCGCCGCCGCAGGGACGCUCUGGACCGGCGUUGCACACAUCAUCACGGCGGUCGUGGGCUCCGGCGUGCUGACUCUUGCUUGGAGCACGGCGCAGCUGGGAUGGGGGGCGGGGCCUCUCUGCCUGCUGCUCUUCGGAGCGUCCACGCUCCUCCAGUCCUUCCUCCUCGCCGACUGCUACCGGUCGCCAGACCCCGACUGGGGGCCCCACAGGAAUCGGACGUACAUGGAAGCUGUGGGGUCCAACUUAGGUGACGACAAAACCUCAUGACAUACCAUUUGGAAAAAAAAAUGUUUCUUUUUGCAACCGUUUAUUGCUUGCUAUAUUUAGUUCGUAAAAGGUUUUUUAACAAAUAUUUAAAGUGAUGUAGUUUCCAAUGGAGCAUAAUAAAUAGGAUUUGAAGGUGGAAAUUAUUUUCGAAAAAAUAAAUAAAAUGACGGAGUGUCGGAUGGGACACCGGUGCAACCAACAGCCGCCAUCAUCGGCCUUUUACUAAUGGCUGGACGGCCCAGAAGCUGAGCUUGCUGACACUCGCCCUCUAUCUCUCUCUCUCUCUUCUCUAACGUGGUGUGUUCGGAGCUCAGGUGAGAAGCAGAGAUGGGUUUGCGGGUUCCUCCAAUACCUGGGCCUGUACGGAGCCGACGUUGCGUACACCAUCGCUACUGCAGCCAGUAUGAGGUAUCAUCCCUCCCAACAUCUAUGUCUGUCUGUCUGUCUCUCUCUCUCUCCCUCCCUCUCCACUUCCACAAACCCAGGUUUGUCCUGUGGACUUCUCCUGUGGGGUUCUUCGGAUCCUCGGCUCUUCACAGAUUAAAAACCUCCCAACAAUCACUGCAGGGCGAUCCUGAAAUCAAACUGUUACCACAGAGAAGGCCAUGGCGCUCUCUGCGAGUAUGGCGAUCGGUCCUACAUGCUGAUCUUUGGAGCUGUUCAAGUCGUACUCUCUCAGAUACCCGACUUCCACAACAUGGCGUGGCUAUCCAUCGUCGCUGCUGCCAUGUCUUUCUCCUACUCUUCCAUUGGGUUCUCCCUCUCGCUCGCUAAAGUACUAGGUAAUGCCUCCGUUGUCUUAUUAAAACUUACUAAAACUAGGGUUCCUAUUCUUAUUUAAGAUAUUUUCUGGAGUUUCUGCUGGUUGGAACGGGGAGGAGAUGAGGCUAGUUGCAGAUGUGGUGUGUCCCAACUCUGAGCAUAGUUUCCUUUUUUUGUCGAGAACCCUAGAGAAUGGAACCAUCAAGGGCAGCAUAGGCGGCGCCGCCGAAGGCACGGCGGCGGAGAAAGUCUGGAGAAUAGGCCAAGCCCUUGGAGACAUUGCCUUCGCCUACCCCUUCUCCGCCAUCCUUUUAGAGAUAGAGGAAAGACCCGAUCCUUCCUUCCUUCUCGUAUCACUUUCAAUAAUUCAAGAUUAUCCAUCCCAUAUUAUGAUUGACUAUUGAAACUAAUUCUACUAAUAAUAGCUAGCUUUUCUAAACUAGGCAUCAUAUUAUGUUGUUGACUCUCUCUCUCUCUCUCUCUCUGUAUUGCCACAUGCAGGAUACACUCCAGUCGCCUCCACCAGAGAACCAGACCAUGAAGAAGGCUUCCGCCAUCUCCAUCCUCAUCAUUACCUUCUUCUACUUCUGCUGUGGGACCUUCGGGUACGCCGCGUUCGGGAGCAGCACGCCCGGGAACCUCUUGACCGGGUUCGGCUUCUACGAGCCCUACUGGCUCGUUGACUUCGCCAACGCCUGCGUCAUACUCCACCUUGUAGGAGCAUACCAAGUAAGGGAAAAAAAAUCAUAAAAACAUAGUUUUUUUCUCUCCAUAUUAAUCAAAACAAGCAGACUACUUGGGUUGACUCGCCGGCGCUCGCAGAUCUACAGCCAGCCGGUGUUCGAAUUCGCGGAGAGGUCGUUGAGAGAGUACUUCCCCUGCGGCGGCGGAGAGGCCACUGGGCCAUUCUGCAGGGUGAAUCUUCUCAGGGUCUGCCUUCGGACGGCUUACGUAGCGUUGACUACGGUGGCGGCGAUGGUCUUCCCGUACUUCAACGAGUUCCUUGCGGUGACGGGGGCUUUCUGCUUCUGGCCGCUGAUGGUGUACUUCCCGGUGGAGAUGAGCUUGGCGCAGAGGAAGACGAGGGCUUGGACGGGGAGGUGGGUGGGCCUGCGGAGCUUCAGUCUCGCCUGCUUCCUGGUCUCCGCGGUGGCGCUCGUGGGCUCAGUUCAGGGCCUCGUCAGUAGUUUGCUAACCUGA